UGGCCAUUCACGGUCAAUCCAUAUGGCUUUCGCGCCACUGGCUCGAUACUCGACGUCGUGCCGAGCCAAAUUGAUGCCAUUCACGAACGCGCCAGCGAGCCGUUCCAUUUGAUCAUUUUGAGUGUAGGCGUCGAUAGCACCGGACGUGUUCAUAAUGAACUUCAAUUCAGAAGAUGAGUUUUAUUUAUCGGCCAUAGCGAUUUGUAUAGUUUUAAAAAAAAGGAAGCCAAAAAUAAAGUGGUGUAAGGAUUGGUUGCUAAAAAGAUCGCGACUCAGUCACAUAAAUUUAAUAAAGGAAUUGACUUUGGAGCCAACUGACUGGAGAAAUUAUAUGCGAAUGGAUGAACCUACCUAUUUUAAACUUUUGGAACUGGUGACUCCGCUGAUUCAGAAAAAAAACACUAAUAUGAGGGAAGCUAUAAGUCCUCAUGAAAGACUUAGUGCCACUCUUCGAUUCUUAGCUUCGGGCAUGUCAUAUGAGGAGUUGAAAUUUCCUACACUUAUCUCUCCACAACGUUUGGGAGUGAUAAUUCCUGAUACAUGUAAAGCUAUUCUUUUUGCUCUUAAAGAUUAUAUGAAAAUGCCAGAAUCUAUAAGUGAUUGGAAAGAAAUAGCCAGAAAAUUUGAAGAAAGAUGGCAAUUUCCCAAUUGCCUAGGAUCUGUGGAUGGAAAACACUGCCGUAUAAUACCUCCAAACGGAAGUGGGUCAUUUUAUUAUAACUACAAAGGAUUCCAUAGCAUAGUAUUAAUGGCUUGUGCAAAUGCUGAUUAUGAAUUCAUUUGGUGCGAAGUAGGCGUGAAUGGGAGGGUAUCAGAUGGUGGUGCCAUAAAACAAACUCAAUUUUACAAAAAACUUGUCAGUAACAAUCUUAACAUACCAAGUAAAGAAAAAUGUCAAAAUAGUUCUGAACCGCUAUCUUAUGUUUUUGUUGGAGACGAGGCAUUUGCAUUGAGGCCUGAUUUCUUGAAGCCGUUCGCUAGAAAUUCCCUUACAACCGAGAGGAAAAUAUUCAAUUACAGGUUGUCAAGAGCCAGGAGAUUAAUAGAAAACAUAUUUGGAAUUAUGUCUAAUCGUUUUAGAAUAUUUCAUACAUCUAUAAAUUUACGUAUAGAUAGAAUUGACCUAGUGGUGUUGACUUGUUGCAUUUUACAUAACUUUUUGCGUAAAUCAGACUCUCCCUAUAAUCGAUCAGACUUAUUUGAUAUUGACGAUACUACCAUAGAUGAUGUUUUACCAGCAACAGCAUUUACAGCUUUGGAGGCAAGAAGCGGAAAUACAAGUAACGAUGCAAAAUUAGUGAGAGAUAGUUACGUUAGGUAUUUUAAUGGCGAGGGAAGUGUUAGUUGGCAAAAUGCGCAAAUUAAUUAGUACAGUAGUAGUAUCUAGUCUAGAGUCUAGUUAAUGUGAACGAGUACCUCUUCUAUAUCUUCAAACGGGUCGACCAAUAUCGAAUGAAUAGAUGAAGCCGCUCGGGGUGUUUCCGUGUCUUUAAGAAACAUUAAUUGGUCAUAGUACCAUAAUUUUGGAACAUGUAUGUCAUCUGUACCAGCUCCUGAUUGCAUUGAUGCUUUAACCUGAAAUAAAUAAAUAAAUAAUGUA